CUUGUUUAUGUAAAGAUCCUAGCGACUGUCUGGUGGUUACCAUAACAACGACCAGAAGCACCCCAGCGUCGACAAAGACUUGGAAAAGUGAUACCAAUACAAGCCAAAGUACACUAUCAGAGCCAACCUUCAAAUUCAGUAGUUGAAUUUUGGACAUCAUAUAUUAAUCAUCUCCGAGUUUCCCCGAGGAGAGCAUUUCACACACAUGUGAAGUGCAGCAUGUCCGAGGGUGGACGCUGCGUUGUGACGGCGAGGAGGAGGAACUUCGACAGGAACGACACGCUCAAUGAGCUCAUAAAAGGUCGUCUUGAGCAAGAACAUCUAGUGGCCGUACUGGAGCAACGCGCACAGACGUUGGAGUGUUUGCAACGAUGUGAAGAUGAGCUACUUAAUAAAGUGAAGACAGCCAAGAAAUUACUCACAAACCUUGUUAAUUCUCCAAAGGAACAAGCUGCAGAUCAAAAUGUUAAAAAAGCAGAGAAAGAAGCCAACGAGAAAGAAGUCGAGAUGAAGAUGCUUAAGGAAGAGUACACACAAAUGCAGCACACAAAACAGGAGCUCCUUCUUCGCAUGCAAAGUUAUACAGUUCAUCAGGACUACAUGCAGCAGGUGGUAAAACUAACUCGGUUUGAAGAUGAAGCAUCUCUAGCAGGUCAUCUGGAGAAUCUUCUUCGCAUCAGGGAGCAGCUUUGUGAGAAGCAGAGGUUAGCAGAAGAUCAGAUGGACCAGCAGAGGAAAGCCCUGCUGACCUUUAACAGCCAGCAUCACAUGAUGCUUCUGCAAUGCAACAAUCAGCUGGCACAGAUGCACCGCAAACUGGAUAGGGCCCAUUCUGAAGCAGAACACUGGGAGACAAAGUGGAAGCACAUUCACAGCACUGCAGCCAAGGAAACGCUCUUACUGGGACAGAUCAAGAUGGCGACACUCAACCUCUACGAGUUGACGGGCGGUGACAUGGAAGGAGAGAAAGGUGUCCCUCUGAAUGACAAUGACACACAACUGGACAAGGUAGGUACCCUGACGGAGCAACUACUGCAGCAGAUACAGUGUAUCACAAAAGUGAGUACACCCCUCGCAUUUCUGCAGAUAUAAGAUAUCUAUUCAUGGGACAACACUGACAAAAUGACACUUUGACACAACAAAAAGUAGUCUGUGUGCAGCUUAUAUCAUCGAGUUAAUUUACUUUCCAUUCAAAAUAACUCAAA